AGCUCAGCCACUAUGGUGCCUCCCCCAGGACCCUUCCCUGUCCUCCUCCAGAUCCUGAAGCUUCCAUGGCUAAAAGGGAACACUACAUCUUUAAACAUCUCACAGUGUGGCCCGGCCACUUUAACAGGGGUUAGGUCCGUUGCUUGCUCAGGGCUUGGUGCAUAUUGUUGAAUGUAUUCCUCACAAUUAAUGUUUAAUCCCAAUUUUACAGAUGAGAGGUCAGAGGUACAGAGAGAUCAAGUAACUUGCUCAGGGUCACACAGUCUGGGAGUGGCAGAGCCCAGAUUUGAAGCCAGCCCACACAAGGAGGAAGGGCACUCCAGGCAAAGAGAACUAAAGGCACUAGUGUGAGGUGGUGGGGAGUGCAGGCUGUGUUCAUGGACCAGUGGAUCUGGAGCUAGAGGAGAAGCAAGGCGAGGAAAGCUGGAGAGAUAGUUCUAGAAGAGGCAGAGCUGGGAGACGCUAAGCAAUGGGUCCCUGGUAAGGACAUGGAGGUGACAUGGGGCUUCCCAGCUCUGUGUCCAUAGGUCCUGGCCCUGAGGAUGCUGCUGUUCUGGGGGUCACUGCUAUGCUGGGGGCUGCUGCCCCAAGCCCAAGGGGAGGCCCAGCACCUGCUCUUCCUACGGAUCAGCAAGGACCAGCUAGAAACAGAUAUUUCAGACUUGCUCUCGGAACACCACAUCCUGGGCCGCAUGGCCAGGAUACCUGUGACGGGCGCCACAAGUGAAGGUAUCGCCAUCCUGGACCACCUGCCCUUCGUAAGAAAAGGCCUCUCCAAGAAGAGCAGUGGGCUUGACCUGUCGCUGGUCGGGGACCUGCUCUCGGGGAAGAGCCUCCCACUGCUGGGGCAGCUGCUCCAGGCGGGCGGGUUGGUCAUAGAAGAUGCCAAAGGACCCGAGGUCACCCUGCAAGUCCUGAGCGACAGCCUGCUGCAGGUCACACUGCGAAGCAAACUGUACCUCUCGCUCCAGAGGAUCCUGCGGCUCAAAGUCAUCAAGAACAUCCGCAUCGGGGUACGGCUGGAACAGAUGGGGAACAAGACCAAGGUGGCCUUUGAGGAGUGCCAUACCCCACCAGGAUACCUGAGCAUCAAGGUUCUGGAGCAGAUGAACCCCCUCCUGGUGAAUGAAGCUCUGGAGAUGGUGACAGGUGUCCUGGACCAGGCAUUGCCCUUCCUCCUGCAAAAGAUAGUGUGCCCCGUGGCCACGACCCUGCUCAACUCGCUGCUAGAAGACCUGCUGCCCAUCAAUCUGUCCCCAGCCACCUCAGGCCCAGAAGACUUCCAGUACCAUGUCACCACCACGGAGUUCACCGAGGAGGCCAUCCUGAUGAAAGUCUUGCUCGUGACCCCCUGUGGCCCAGGCCAGAGGGCCCCAAGGUCUGACCACCUGGCCCCCCAGCCCCUCCCAAAAUUAGCCCAGGGCAGCAUGGCAGACCUGGCCUUUUGGGUGGAAGCCUACAAUGACAUCCUGUCCUGCCUCUACACCAGCAAGGAAGUCCGUGUGGACGCCCAGGACUCCACGGCUGCCGACCUCAUUCAGCUGUUGUCACUGAGAGAAUUGGAACCCAGGCCCGAGUCCCCAGGAAGAACGGGGCUGACCAUCAGCACCCCUGACCCUCCCACGGUCCGCCUCGAUGGUCACAGGGCCACCGUCAUCCAGCAGGGCUCCCUCGUGCUGCUGAGGCCCAAUAACACCUCCUCUGUCUCCGUUUCCUGGAAACUCCUUUCAAAGGCUAUGUUUUCCUCAAGAAAUCAGAAAUUAAAACUCCAGUUCACUCCAAACAGCACCAUGGUCACCCUGGGCACCUACCCUGCUGGCCUUGCAAAGCAGGAAGAACGUCUGAAGGCCGUCGUCUCGGAGCUUCUGAGGAGGAUGUUUUUGCCCCAUCACAACGAGCUGCUCAGUGAACAACACCUCCCGCUGCCCCGCAUCAAGGGCCUCUCCUUCAACAAGGCCCGAGUGGAGCUCUCUGAGGAUUACAUGCUGCUGACCAUUCCAGAGGAAUAGGUUCUUACCGAGGACCCCUCCAUCCAGCCACAAGUGCUCCAGACCCUUGAGACUCCAAGAAUGGCAAC